AUGGGGUUCGCAUCCAAAAUCGCAGCCAGUCAAAGCGGCGGAGGGGUCUACUCUGGAGCUCCUCCAGCUGGCUAUACCGGCGGCCCUCCCCCAGCCCAAGGCGGCGCGCCUCAAUAUCAGCCAGGCCAACAGCAGUACCAGGCAUAUCAACCCUCUCAGCCACAAGGAGGACAGCAGACCCCGGUAGGUCCAUAUUUAUUUUCUUCGUAUUAA